UCGUUUACGAGGCAAAGUGAUUUUAUAAUUAAUUUGUUAGUGCAUCGAUCGAAGACACGGGUGCAAACGACAUCCAUCAUCAUUGACGACGAAAAAGCCACUGACGAUCGAAUGUGGUGAGAUCACGCAGGAAGGAGUGGCAAAAACAAGCACCGGGCAAAACCGCCGGAAUUAAGCAGCACAUCUGGACCGCAUAGUGGUGAAGCGAAGGAAAUCACCAGCAGACAUUACACGCAAACACACACUCACACACACGUACGGUGGAUCCCUUCGGUGUGCAACGAAUCUGCAAGGAAGAGCAAAAAAAGAGUAAACUUGACGUAACCCGGGCAAAGGCACUUUGCCAGUUGGAUGAGCAAAAAUGAUUCUGCUGGAGAUCAACAACAGGAUUGUGGAGGAAACGCUUACAGUGAAGUUUAAAAAUGCAAUCGCAGGAAACAAGGCGGAAUCGAUCGAUGUGACGGUAGCCGACUUCGACGGAGUACUAUUUCACAUUUCCAACAUAAAUGGCGAUAAAACGAAAGUGCGAACGAGCAUAUCGCUCAAGUUCUACAAGCAGCUGCAGGAGCAUGGUGCCGACGAGUUGCUAAAGCGCGAGUAUGGCGAUCUACUGAUUGCGCCCGAGGACGGAUACAACGUAUCGGUGCUAGUCGAUCUGGAAAACAUACCGGAAAAUUGGGAAGAAACGGUACGAAAGGUCGGUCUGCUGAAGCGUAACUGUUUUGCGUCCGUGUUCGAGAAGUAUUUCGACUUCCAGUCGCAGGGCGAAGGUGAAGGCGAAGGACAGAAACGAGCAGUGAUCAACUAUCGAAAUGAUGAAACGAUGUACGUCGAAGCCAAACCAGAUCGCGUAACGGUCGUGUUUAGUACGAUAUUCCGUGACGAGGACGACGUAGUCUUAGGUAAAGUGUUCAUGCAGGAGUUGCGCGAAGGCCGAAGAGCGUCACACACCGCGCCACAAGUAUUAUUCUCCCAUCGGGAACCUCCGCUGGAGUUGGCCAAUACGGGUGCAAGGGUCGGUGAAAACAUAGGCUACGUUACAUUCGUCCUAUUCCCAAGGCACACCGCGAAAGAGACGCGCGAUAAUACGAUCAAUUUAAUUCACAUGUUCCGUGAUUAUUUGCAUUAUCAUAUUAAGUGUUCGAAAGCAUACAUCCACUCGCGAAUGCGUGCAAAGACGACGGAUUUUCUAAAGGUGCUCAAUCGCGCUCGACCGGAGCCAAAAAUUACGGAAAAGAAAACAAUAACCGGCCGAACAUUCAUCAGGAAAGAAUGAUUGCGAAAUACGUCGGGCGUCGUCUAGUUGUUAAAUGUGUAAGUAUUCAAACGAACCUAAUAAAAUGCAAAAAGUGUAAGGGAAGCAAACUGGAAGGCAU